GUCACUACAUCCAGAGGCCACAUCCUGCCUCUGACUCCCACACCAGCCAAUCCAGGAUCCAGAGAGAAGAGUGACAGACUCUGUUGUAGGGCACAGCUGAGAUAGCAACAUGACAGAAGUGGUAGAAGACACCGAGAAUCUGAUGCCCACUGAGAGGAAGUCCUUCUGGAGGUCAGCUGAGGAGAGGCGAAUGUCUGACCUGACCCGGGUGCUGGAGUGGCUGGAGCGGAGGCAGGGCAAGAAGCGCGCCCUUCAGAAAAAGAAGGAAGAGACAAAGAGUACAGAAGAGAAGGCAGGAAAGAAAAACGUAGGCGCUAAGAAGAAGCUAGAAAAAGUCAGCCGCAAAGUGACCUUCCACAAGGGCUACGUACGUCCUGUCAAGAAGAAGGAACCCACCAUUUACCACAAGAGAAAUGAAAUAGACCUAAAGAGCAAGCGUCUGAGCAUGAUCACUGCCAACUUCAGGGAUAGCAAUAAGAAGUCUGGUCAGUCUGGAUCCAGAAGAACAUCGGAGAGCACAGACAUAGACAUCAAGGAUGUUAUAGCCCUAGAAACCAACAGUCGGGUAAGCGCUUUCCGAAGACAAAGCUCUGUAGAUCCUGGAAUUCAGGAAGGUAUGUUUGGCAGCCGGAGGGCAGGCAUCCUGAGAGAAUGGGCAAACAAGGCUCCCGACAACAACUAUGAACGCAAGCUGAAGAGCCUUAUGGAGAAGGGCAUGGAUCCCAAGAUGGAGAUCAGCAAGAUGCUGAAGCCAGAGGAGGUGCUGAGCUGCCGAUACCUGCGUUUGUCCAAGAACAACAUCAAGACCUUGAUCAAGCUGUGCAAGGAUGCAGGGAUGGAUGUGGACAUCCACCCCCACAUGGUGGAGGCCGAGAUAGACGCAAAGAAGAUCUUCGGACAGCGAUUAAGCGUAGCACUCUAGCCGCUCUGCCCACUGGAGACUCAUCCCUUGGCGACUAAGCACCCUGUUAACUAGCUUCUGUAGACCGCACCAGGCGAAUAAGUCAAAUGCAUCACACUAGC